CCCCAUCAUCCCUUCCCUGCCUUUUACCCCAGAGCUAAAAGACCCCAUUCCCCAUAAUUCAACGGAACAUCUUCCUGCGAUGCCAGAUUAAUGUGCUAACCGACGGUAUGCUGCCUCCGUGGCCCGAAAGGGGUGAUAGUUCAUCCAAACAUUUUUGAUAUAUGAAAAAGCUGCCUCGGUGCUUCGUUUGUUUUGCUUUGCUUUCGUAUCUUGUACUGUUUUGUAUUGUACGUUGCUCUUCGUAUCAACUCUUUGAUACUAUCUUUUAUGUACCUGGCACCAGUCGAACUUUUCACAAUGCCCUUUCUCCAUUCCGCCCGCCUAGCAGGCUUCUCUGUCCUCCUCCUCAGUCUCCUCUCCUCCGUCUCCGCCGCCGCAAACCCCCUCAUCCAAAUCAAAGAGUAUUUCGGACCCAACCCAACAAACGUCUCCUUCUACCUCUACCUCCCCAAGAAAAUCGCUCCAAACCCUCCCAUCCUCGUAAACCCGCACUGGUGCCACGGCACAGCUCAAGAUGCAUUCGCAGGGACCCAGCUCGCCACCCUGGCCGACACAUACGGCUACAUCAUGAUCUUCCCCAACUCGCCCAACGCCGCCGACCAAUGCUGGGACGUCUCCUCCCCACAGACGCUCUCCCACAACGGCGGAGGCGACAGCCAGGGAAUCGUCAGUAUGGUGAAAUGGACUCUCGACAAGUACAAAGGCGACGCGCGAAGAGUCUUUUCAAUGGGCACCAGCUCCGGCGCAAUGAUGACCAACGUCCUCCUGGGUUCCUACCCGGACGUCUUCGCCGCCGGAAGUGCCUGGGCAGGCGUCGCAUUUGGGUGUUACGCUGCGAACGGGUAUGCGGUGUGGAGCGAUGCCUGCGCGACGGGGAAAGUCAUCAAGACGGGCGCGGAGUGGAAAUCUAUUGUUGAGGCUGCGUACCCGGGGUAUAGCGGGUGGCGACCUAAGAUGCAGGUCUUCCAUGGGACGGCAGAUGAUAUUCUGUAUCCGCAGAAUUUGCAGGAGGAGAUCAAGGAGUGGACUGCUGUGUUGGGUUUGCCGAGUACGCCUGUCAAGACAAUUCCAGAUGGCUUGCAGCCGGGGUGGACGACGUAUAUUUAUGGAGAGAAGUUUAUGGCUGUUAGUGCGCAGGGGGUGACGCAUAAUAUCCAGACGAACGCUACUGAGGUGUUGAGGUGGUUUGAUCUGACUUGUACGGGGGGUGGUUGUUUCUCGAGGCCAGAUGGUCCUUCUGCCCCGGGCUCGACUUCAAGUUAUGUGGCUGUUCCGACGACAUUGUCCAGUAAGAGUGUUGGUAGCACUGCGACCGCAACAAGUGCUAUCAGUUCGCCGACUGGUGCUCCACAAAGCAAGUGGGGGCAGUGUGGUGGUGUUGGGUACAAGGGACCUACUGCUUGUGUAGCGGGGUCGACUUGCACAUAUUCCAACCCAUAUUACUCGCAGUGUCUGUAAGGGCUAUUUACAUUGGAGAGCUCAGCUUCUACUAAAGAUUGGUCCUCAAGCUCUGUAAAUAUGUUGCAUAAUUUCUUUGUACAUACAUAUUUAUUGGUGUUCUACUACCAGGGCACACCUCCCUUCCUAUAUCUCACCGUACGUAAUCUGUGCUGUCUUUACUCAGGCUCGGCUAAGUCGAUGUUGACAUCAGCUGUGGUACGCUAGCAGCUGUCGCCGCUUGCAAUUGAGGAAAUGCGCUGCCUACCGCAAGGAUGAAUCUCCUUCUCCCAAACAGUAAGUCCUGAAUUCCACCACGAGUGGAACAUCACAAUCUCUACUUGAGAUGCCAAUACAUAAUCUGCCCCAGAAGACUGCUUGGGAGGCAUUUAACCAACUGCCGUUAUUCAAACAACAACUCCCCCAACCUCUUCCUCGCCUCAUCCGGCUCCCACUCAACCAAAAUUCGCUCUUUCGACUCCUCCAUCUUCCUUCUCACAAACGGCUCCAUAGCCUGUCGUUCCUCCUCGCUCAAUAAAUCCACCCGCUUCUUCCACAACUCCUUCCCAU